GACCCACCGCCGCUGAAAAACAAAAAAAAUCUCUCUGUCUCCUCUUAUAAGUCUUACCUCGGGACUUUCUCCGACUCUAUUUGUCGUUUAAUACACUUCAAACUCAAGCUCUUUCUUGAUCUACUUCUUCUUCUUGUUCUUCUAAUAUUCUCCCGCUUCUGGCUUCUCCUAUCUGAGUAUAAGAAUUGUGUUAGAGAUGUGGCAAGUUAUUCUAGGAGCAGCCAUUGCUGCUGGAUCCACUGGUCUUGUAGCCAAACGCUUCUUCAACCCUUUCUCUCCACAUCCUCGUCUUCCAGAGGAUCACGGCGAAGAAGAGCAGGAGCACCUCACUACUCCUGUCGGUAUCGGAUUUCUCAACUCUCCUUGCAACAAAACCAAUGGCGUUUUCCGGUUUAAUAGUUCCGGGUCUGCAGGGUCCGGAUCCGGGUCGUCUCCGGGGUUUACCAAGAGUUCCGGGUCUACAUGCAAGGUGAGGAUUCGUGGACUGAUGAAGCAGAAGAAGACUAAGAAGAAAAACAAUGGUGGUGGCUCUGAGAUCGAGAAGCGAUCUGGAACUGUUUGCUUGAAAAAGCCGAGAACUUUGGGUGCUGACUCUGCUUCAAAACGUGGUGUGUCAUAUUAUAAUAACAAUCAAGAUCAUUCGACUUUCAGCUCGGCACUUGGUGUAUGCAUGAUGUACAUGAUGUCAUCAGAGAAAAACGAAAUCAGUAAGCUGCAUACAGCGACAGAAGAAACUGUCAAAGUCAUCCAGGAGCUUAAAGAUGAACUUUCUAGGAUCAAAUCUUUACAGGGUUUCAAAUCCAGUGGCAUAUCUGAUCUCACUGCUAAACCAGAGAUUGCGAGUAGAGAAGAAUCUGUCGACACUAAGUCAUGCAAGGAUGGUGAAUAUGCUAGCAGCGUCCUAACUGAGGAGCCAGAACACGGGGACGUAGAAAUGGAACAGUUGGAGAUGGAGCUUGAAUCUGAGCUUCAGAAACUAAACUUGGCUGAGACAAGUGAAUGUAUGGAGGAAUGUAAGGAGCUGGUGAAUGGAUCAGAGUCAUAUCGGUGUGGUGGAAUAUCAGCAUCAGAGCUGGACAAGAAGCUAAGUCGUCUUCUUAUUGAGCAGCAAGAAGGGCAGAUCAAUGAGCUUGAAGCUGAACUGCAGACUACUCAGUCCAAACUCCAAGAGAAGGAAGCUGAACUCCAAGCGCUUAAGGUCUGCGUUAGAAGACUCACUGAGUUUCCUCUCUUGGACCGUUCAGAUGAUGAGCAUGAACAAGACAUGAACCAGGAGGAUCUCUCAGUUUCAUGGAGCCAACAUAACCAAACUGGUAGUGAGGAAAGAAAGCCAAUCGGUGGGAUGAAAAGAGCUAUGGAGUCAUAUGUUCAUGUUUAAUACUAUUAAGUAACAACUUUCUAAUCACUCGAGGUGCACAGUAAUCCUGUAUAGACGUCAUCAUGCAACAGUGAGCAACACCCAAAUGAUCCAGAUCUUAUUUGAUGCAAGGGUAGCGCGUUUUAAGCAGACAAACUAGAGCUAACCCAGUCAAAUAAUCUUUGUAUAUUUACCGUAAGAAUCCAAAACUACCACAAGUCUUCUUAAUCAUGCCUUGUAUUGAGAUAUAUAGAUUGCUAGUUUUUAGUAGAAUAGCUAGCAAUUGCAGUUUUAGUAUUUAACACAGCUAGUAAUUGCGGAUUCGUGAACUCCCAAAUGUCUUGUGCAUCCUCAAGCUGUUAGUGUGUUGUCUUAUUUUGAUGCAAAAGAGAAUCUCAGUUUAAUAUUACAGUUUGUUAUCUAA